AUGGCCAGAGAUGUGCAGCAGGAAAAUAUUUAUGAACGAAAGACUAAGGUAAUCAAGAAAGAGGGGAGGUGGGGACGGUACUACAUAUCGUUCAGUUUACUGAUCUUUCACGAUCAUUGUUGUGGUAGAGCCGAUAUACUCCUGAUUUCGAUUACAAAAUCCUUGGAUGGGACCAUAAUGAAAACAGCCAUUUGUAUACGAUUAUAAUUUUAAAUAUCACUGUCUUUGACCGGUCGCCUCCUAUAAUUUUUUAGCUGUUUCAAAAAAGUGAUAUUCUAAAUCUUUAGGGCCGUCUUCCAGUGAAGUGGACAGCUUAUGAGGCCUUGAUGUAUGGUAAAUAUACCACCAAAAGUGAUGUGUAAGUAUACCCGAUUAUUACCCGUAGCAAUUUUCCAACAAGUUUUACCAAUAGAAUAAGAGGGAGGGUAAGUUUUGGGCUCGGUAAAGAAAUAGAGAAAGAUGUUUUUCAUCCUCUCACGAGCGUUGGACAAUGAAAAUAUCUUCGCUCCCCAUGAGGAAUCGAACCUCAGACCAUCGGAUUCCGCGCUCCGAUGCUGAUACCACUGUGAGUUAGAUCUAUUACUUAGUUCAUAUGACACGCGUCCUGCAUACUGCAAGGAUCAGCAAUGUCGAUAGAGUCAUGUUUGUAAAUAAAAACAAGAGAGAGAAUCGGAGCGCGAGUUCCGAGGUUCAAUUCCUCGUGGGGACUCAAAAUUUUUCCUUCGUCCCACAAUCGUGACAAGACGAAAAACAUCUUUCUCGAAGUUUUAUCAGUUUUAAUCAGGAAAUGAAUUCUAUGCUUUGUAAAAGAAUACAUAUAUUUUAGUUGUCGUAUAAAAUGUUAAUGUCUUCAGUCACCCAAUAUAUAUUUGUUUGAUUUGUCUUUCUGCAGAUGGAGUUUUGCUGUACGAGAUUUUUACCAUAGGUAACAUCGAAUGGAGAUUUAUAAGACCCUGUAGAUGUUUUUUGCUAUAUACCAUGUUCAAUUAAGCAAUGUAACGUGUUCAGUUAGACAAACGAAAUGAGCUUCAAACUACAUCAAAUGACAUGGGUGGUGUUUCAGUGAAGGUCGUUUUUUUCGUCACAUUUAUAUUUCGAUGGUCUUCUGGUUCUUCCAGGUGGUUCACCUUACCCACGAAUGGAUGGCAGAAAAAUUGCAAAAUUACUUCAGGAUGGAUACAGGAUGCCUAAACCACAACACGUCGAUGAAGAAUUGUAAGUGCUUUUUCAAUUCGUUCUCUCUUACCCUACAAGGAAACGUUCACUUCGCGUUCUCUAAAAGAUCAUUUGAACAAUACCAGGUAUCAGAUUAUGAUGAAAUGCUGGAAGAAUGACCCAGAUGCAAGACCAACUUUUACUAAAUUGAAAAAUCAGCUUAAGGACAUGGAAACCCUACACAAGGUGAGAAUUUUGAUCAACAUGAAAGUUUCUUUUCACGUUAGACCGACUGGCUUAGGCUCAGCUAAAUAG